AGUGUGAGUGGCGGCUUUCAGGGUUGGCGGAGCUCCGGCGACCCGAAUUCAUACAAAUUGUGAACUCAAAAAUUUUCCAGUAAAAUAUGAUCAGAAAAUUAUUCUAAAAAUAAAUUUAAAUAAAAUCAUGGAAUUUGGAAAUAUCAUAUUCAAUACAAUUUAAGUCUCACAAUUUUUCAAUGAAAUAAAUCAGAUGCCGAUUAGGCAUCAAGUUUAAAAUCAAGUUAUCAAUAUCAAUGCCACUUUCCUAACCUCUAUCUCUAUUUCAAAUUUGUUGUGGGUCUCAAAUUUGUUUUGUCUCUUCAUGACUUCUCAGGGAACACUUGAUUUAAAAGCUUUCCCUACUACAAAUUAUUAUGCUUCAUGAAAUAAUACUGGCUUUACAUGGAUGCAUUAGUAAAGUACUCCACACUGAAGGAUAUGCAGUCGAAUUGGGGAAGGUCCUUCAUCCAUCAGAAAAAGCUCUUCUUAAAAGAAUUUUACACAUUGGUGGCACAUACAAGAAAAUUGAAAAUUUCAUAAAAAAGUAUGCCAGUCCUACAUUUGAAGUUGAUAUAAUGAAUGACAUGGAUAGCAGUGGGAGAGUCUUAAAUGGUCUUUAUCUACAAGCAUUUUGCUUUGGCCUUCAGACAGUCCUUGAACCAUACAGGGAUAAAGUAGUUGAAUUAGAAAAGGAAGCGUUGAAAGAUCCCUAUCUCUCUUUAUCUUCAGUUCAUACUCAGGUUGACUGCUAUUCUCAACUAUUGGCCAUGCUGAGUAAUAUGAUCGAUGAGAUCAGAGAAAAUGAUAUCCAUGGAUGCAAAUUGAUGAAGUACACUUGCAGACAUCUUAGCACUGGAAUCGACUCUCUUAGAAAUUCUCUAAUACAAAUAACUGUCUGCUUGCAUGCAAUACUAGUGAAUCAAUUGACCGACUGGCUGCUGUAUGGCAAAAUAAUUGAUCCGUACGAGGAAUUCUUCAUCAAAGCUAAGCCAGCUGCAAUUGCAGACAAUGACACCACUCUCACAAGUGAAAGAACAAUUGCAACAGCUGUAGGAAGCGAGGCCUUCGGCUCAACACAAACUGUAGCUCCGACAAAACCAACAUUGGAGUACUAUCUAGAUGAAGACUUUCUUCCACCAUUCAUUUCGUUUUCUACAGCUCACAAAAUCUUCUACAUUGGUAAAACUGUUCAACUAUUCACGUCCAAUCCUUAUGACGAUUCAGAAUUCAAGAAGAACUGUAUCUUUGAAAAAGAGGAAGUAGAAUUUGUGAAGUCGUUACAAGAGUGCUCGUUUCAAGAUACUCUAUUGUCAGAUUCCACCAUCAGCAAACUGGAAUCCUCUGUUACCCAGAAACUCUGGUCACUUGCCAUGAAUGAAGCUGGCCUUAUGAACCAGUUGAAAGCUAUUAAAGACUUCUAUUUGCUUGGUAGAGGAGAAUUGUUUGUCGAUUUUCUCAAUAAUGUUGGUCACCUCCUUAUGAAUGCACCAUCUUCUCUCACAGUCAGAGAACUGAAUGUUGCAUUGGUAAAUUCAGCUCGAAGCGUCCAAUUGGGCGAUGAAGCCAUACUUGAAAAAAUCAAUUUCACCAUUCCGCCCAAAGAUUCUUGCCCUCCAGAUGUAAAAAUCAAACAGGUUCUUAAACUAUCCUAUGAAGCUAGCUGGCCACUACAUUUAUUUUUCUCGCCAAUAGUAGUGCAGAACUACAAUAUACUGUUCAGAUAUUUCCUCCGCGUAAAGCAAGUACAAUUGAACUUGCACUCUGUGUGGAUCACUGACGUUAAAAUCAAGGCAAAACAACUUUCAGAUAGAAGUUGGCAAUUGAGAAAGGAUUUGAUGUUCCUUGUUGAAAAUCUACAGUGCUAUCUUCAAUGGGAUGUCGUUGAGAGCGAAUACAGUGCCCUAGUGAUUGUUCUUGAAAAAUCACAAGAUUUUGAAAUAAUUAGACAGGCGCAUCACAAGUUCUUGUACAACAUCCUCCUCCAAUCGUUUUUGAUGCCUGUAGAGGCGAAAUGUGAUGCAAGUACCGGACUUCUCUUGCCAUCCUCAGCAAAAGGAAGAAGACAUUCUGUAAAUGUGUGUCUCAAUCAAAUUCUCGACUUAAGCGAAGCAUUCUGCCAAUUGAUUUCACAAACCGAAUAUAAUGUGGAAGAACUAGAAGGCAUGGCUGAAAAACUGAAUCACUGCAUCAAUAUCCUGAUGAAAUUAAUUUCCAAUCUUCGUAAUCAAAUUUCAGGAAUGCAUUUAUCGAAACUCCUUCUACGUCUAGAUUACAACCACUAUUUCAGUCAAAUUAUACAAAACAAUCAGUAGACUAAAAUGUAUAUAGACUAAUAUAAACUUUAAACGAUAAACUAUAUAUAAUAUAGACUAAAAUAUUACUAAAUAUUCAUAGUUGGUUAUAAUUCACUUGUGCAUGUUAUUAGUGUUAUUCAAAUUACUUGUUCUAAAUGUUUAAUUUUUAAAACUUGUAAGAUUAUAAUUAUAUAAUAGUAAAAAAUAAUGAUUAUUUUGAAA